AUGAAUAGCUCAUUAAUAUGGAAUAUAAGGUCUGUCAACACUCAACAGGCCUUUGAGAGGGUAGUACUAUUGCAUAGACAAAAACUUUUUAAUUAUGUUGCCUUACUGGAGCCUUUCCAGCAUGUUAGACAUAUUGACAUGUACAAAUUGUGGCUAAAUAUGGGGACAGCAUGGCAUAAUGUGAAUGGGAAGAUUUGGAUUUUUGUGGAUGCAGAAAUUCAAGUAGAAAUAAUGAGAGAUACAGAACAACUGUUAUCUUGUAGAUUCACUCAUUUGGGUGAUGGGCAAGAGUUGGUGCUUACAGUUGUUUUUGCGAGUACUGAUAGAAGUGGGAGAAUAACUCUAUGGGAGGAUCUAUAUGACAUGUCUUCACACAUCACCAUCCCAUGGCUUGUGGGUGGGGAUUUUAAUGUCAUUACAGACGACAGUGAGAAAUUUGGGGGUCUUCCUGUACAGUUUGCAGAAACAGAGGAUUUUAGACAAUGUAUAGACACUUGCCAACUGAUGGAUCUUGGUUUUACUAGAAGUAUGUUCAUAUGGUGGAAUGGGAGAUCUGAUGAGGCUUACCCCUUCUUUAACUUUCAUAAUAAGUUAAAAAAGGUGGGAAGAGCUCUCUCUAAGUGGAGUAGGGACACUUAUGGUGAUAUCUUCAAGAAAAUUGCAACUCUGGAGGAAGUGGUGCAGGUGCAUGAGCAGGAAUUUGAACAGAAUCCUACAGGGCUUAACAGGGAAAGGCUACAAAGGGUACAAACUGAUCUGAUCAGGUUUUAUGCUAUUGAAGAAAAAUUUUGGAGACAAAAAGCAGGGAUGCAGUGGUUUCAGGAUGGAGAUAGGAGCACAAAAUUAUUUCAUGCUCAUGUCAAUGGAAAGAGAAGAAAGCUACAGUUACAAAGAAUUCAAGAUCAUACAGGUACAUGGCUGGACACUGAAGAGGAGAUUGCGCAGGAAGCAAUCAGAUUUUUCUCAGACCAAUUCAAAGAGGAAAAUAUCCCUACAGAUUUCUCUAUGCUUGAUAAGAUUCCUAAAAUGGUUACAGCAGAACAAAAUCAACAGCUCUAUGAAAUGCCAGAUGAAGCAAAGGUGAAAAGAGCAGUUUUUGGUUUAAAUGGAGACAGUGCAGGGGGUCCUGAUGGUUUCAUAGGAAGAUUUUUCCAAGCUUGUUGGGAAAUUAUUGCAAAUGAAUUGGUGAACAUGGUGAGAUCUUUCUUCUGUGGGCAUGAACUCCCAAGGUUGAUAUAUCUGCUGCCUGAGAUCAUUUCACCUCAGCAAUCAGGAUUUGUUAAAGGCAGGAGUAUUGUAGAAAACAUUCUGUUGGCUCAGGAAAUUGUACAUGAUAUUAGGAUUAGAGGAAAUCCUGCAAAUGUUAUCAUUAAGCUUGAUAUGGCAAAGGCUUAUGACAGGGUAUCAUGGUUAUUUCUAACUAAAGUCCUGAGGAGAAUGGGGUUUGGUGAAUUUACUAUUGAUCUGGUGUUUAGAGUUAUCUCAAAUAAUUGGUAUUCCAUUCUGAUUAAUGGGCAACCUCAUGGUUUUUUCAAAUCAUCUAGAGGAGUAAAGCAAGGAGAUCCAUUGUCCCCUACUUUAUUCAUCUUGGCUGCAGAAUGUUUGUCUAGGGCUCUGAAUGCACUGCAUACUGAGGCUGAUUACAAGGAAUAUGGGAUGCCAAAAUGGAGUCCAUAUAGCAUGCCUAUACACCUACUAUCCGCUUGUGACCCCCCUAGUGGUGUACUUGCUCAGAUUCAUAGAUUGUUUGCUAAGUUCUUUUGGAGCAACUCUGUGGGAAACUCAAGUAAGCACUGGGAAACUUGGACAACCUUAUGUCAUCCACAAGAAGAAGGUGGCAUGGGGUUCAGAAGCCUACAAGAUAUAUCUAAAGCCCUCUUUGCUAAACUGUGGUGGAACAUGAGAACCAAACAAUCCUUAUGGAGAACUUUCAUGAGUAAUAAGUACUUAAAGAAGUUUCAUGCUGUGAUAGCCCUUAGCGGAUCGGGUACUUAUGUGUGGAAGAAGAUGAUUAAACACAGAGAUGAGAUGGAACAUGAGAUAUGGUGGAAGCUUCAACAAGAUUUUGAGUGUGAUCCCACAUUCAUCCUUGUAAAAGAAAUUGCAGAAGUGGGGCAAUGGGAUGAACAGUUGCUAAGAAGAAUCCUUCCUGAGGAUCUAGCAGACCAUAUUGUGCAGCACAUUAAUCCACCAAAUGAAAAUGACCAAGCAGAUAAGGCUUUCUGGAAGUUAGAUUCGAGGGGGAAAUUCACAGUUGGGUCUGCAUUUCAAUUGCUCAGACAAAGAAAAGAUCCCAGUAAUUUGUAUAAGCAGAUGUGGAUUAAAGGACUACCAAUAAAGAUAUCUUUUUUUAUGUGGAGAUUUUGGAAGUUCAAGCUACCACUGGAUGAUAAGUUGAAGAAAUGGGGACACCAAUUCCCUUCCAGAUGCUAUUGUUGUCAACAUCCAGAAGUGGAAGAUACCUCCCAUGUUUUUUUACACUCACCAACAGCUCAAGCCAUCUGGAAGUAUUUUUGUGGACCAGUGGGAAUAAAUAUUGAGUAUUUGCAAGUUACCCAAAUAAUUAACAGAUGGUGGGAUAUGCCUAGUAGACUACAUGUCAAAUGCAUCAACCAAGCUAUCCCUGCUAUUAUUAUUUGGGAACUUUGGAAGAGGAGAAACACUAUGAGACAUGAAGGGAAUGUGUCAAUCACAAAACUCAUUUACCAGAGAUAUUCUCCAAAGAUAAGAGUAACACCAGUGACCUGGAGAACUCCAGAUAUUGGAUGGAUAAAAGUCAAUACUGAUGGAGCCUCAAGAGGAAACUCGGGUAGGAGUUCAUGGGCCUUUUGUGUAAGGGAUGAAAGGGGAGAUGUGAUACAAGCACAGGCCAGAGAAACAGAGGAUCCUCAAAGCACCAACACCGAGGCAGAGGCCCUGGCCAUUUUACAGGCUCUCAGGUACACAAUCUAA